AUGAAAAAAUUUGCAUUUCAAAGUUCAAGUGAUUCACGUUUCUCUGGAAGUAUGUUCUUUGAAAUCUAUAAAAAUGCUGACUUCCUAUGUCACAAUAAAAAUGUAGAAACCAUAUUAUCUAAGGGCUAUCAGCUAAGACAAGCAUUGAAAGAUAUCUCUCCGGGUGAAAAAGUUACUAUGCAAGACAUGUGGCUAACAUCAGUAAAAGACAUACCUCUGUUAGUGAUAAAAAGUGGGCCAAAUGUAAUUGUAAAACACAAUGAAUUUACAGCAAACCGCUUGACUGGUUUAACAGCCGCAUAUGCUAAUGACAAACGCUCACAAUUCCCCCAAUUACAGGCAACUGAGGCUCAGGCACUUGGUUUAAAAUGGGAUAGUAAGUGCCCGGUUAUGUCUAAACUGUACUUGGCAUCUGUAAGUGGUACUGAACACUUCUACGAACAGUUUUCUUUCUGGCCUUUAGUAUGUGCGUUAAAAAAGUUGCAGCUUAAGAAAAUAACACUGGACCCUGUGGUCAAAAUGGCAAAGAUCAAAAAUAGAGAUGGCAUUCGUUUAUGCCAGGAUAUGAUGGGACAUUGGGAGGCCACUUGCAGUCUUUGGUCACAAUUCACCGAGGCUACGACAGACUUUAAAAAAACUUUCAAAACAUUCCCACAAGAGCUGAAACAAUUGUUUCCUUGA